UUGACUUGCUUUCCUUCAGUGAACGAGUUCAAUGUUGGUGUGAUAUUUGAUCUGUACGAAACCGUUCCUCAACUACGUCCUUUGAUAUCGGAGUAUUUCUACAACAAUUUGCAUUUGUUGGCUUACUGGAAGAACUCGGGCGCUGCUUCCGACGAAUUGAUUUUGGACACGUUUGCAUGUGGACAAGAAAAAUCAAGUGAUGAAGCUGCGGCUUGUGACGCAUACCUGCCAUACGUCUUAGAACCGCCCAUGAUCGAAAUUCUCGAAUCAUAUCGCAAAGCCCAUUGGAGUUUGUUCCGAAGCGAAGAUGUUUUUGAUAUUCUUCUCGGAUCGAACAAUCGAGAUAAGAUACAGGAACAAGCGCUUUCGAGAUAUCUCCAAGAACAUGCAGUGGUAUUGAAUGAUGUUGAGGAAGCUAUAGAACUGGAACCAAGUGGAACACCACUUUACCCCUCAAAUUCACCCGAGCCUGAGCUUGUAACCUUGAUUCGUUCUCGAUUAGAAGAGCGGGAACAAGCAAAACUGAGGAGAGCGCGCAAAAAGAGCGCUGGAAAGUCUACUUCUGAGGGAGUAUCUUGUUCCGUGUCAUUUACAAAGGACGCUGUUGAGGAGAGUACAAUGCCGUUAGAUCCGCUAAUUACCGGAGAUGAACUACCUUGUAAAAGACUCGCAGAAGAAGAAACUGAAGCGGCUGAGGUACGUGACACCUCAUAA